AACAAAACAGAAACACAAGUCAAAACUUUGCUGAGUACUAGCGAUCAACUUUGAAUGGCAAAAUGAACUACCAAAACGUUAAAUUAGUUGUUGUUGGCGAUGGUGGAGUUGGGAAAUCAGCAUUUUUAAUUACUGCUACAACAAAUGCAUUCCCCGGCGAGUAUAUCCCAACCGUGUUCGAUAACUAUUCGAGUAACAUAAUGCUUGAUGGAAAGGCGUACAACGUAGGGUUGUGGGACACAGCAGGGCAAGAGGAUUAUGAUCGAUUGAGACCACUGUCGUAUCCGAUGACCGAUGUGUUCCUGGUUUGUUUCGACAUCGGUAGCAGAACAUCAUUUGAAAAUAUCGAAUCUAAAUGGCUCCCGGAACUCAAUCAUCAUAUGCCCGAGACACCGAAGAUACUAGUGGGGAACAAAAGAGAUCUGAGAUCUGCACAACAAAAUACUAGCUUGUCAAACCAUAGAAGUCGAGAUCCUAUCACAUAUGAGGAAGGGAAAGCCCUUGCUAAGAGACUGGGAAUGCAGUACCUGGAAAACAGUUCACUGACUCAGGACGGGGUAAAAGAUGUGAUGAGCGCAGCUAUCAGGGUGGGGGCCGGUCACGUCCAAGCCAACACUUUCACGUGUCGCUGUCAGGGCUCGAGAUUCUGUAUUCACAAGGUUUGGAGAAAGUCUGGGCAAUCAAAGAAGGCUGAUCUAGGACCACAACCUCCUAUUAUGCCACCUGCAGGUCAGGCACCUUGGAUUGAAGUUAUGACCUCAACAUUUGCAGAUGACUGGAAGAAGAUGGUACUUGGAAAUGACGACAGUGCUGAUGUCAAGUUUACAUUCUCAGGAAAUGCACCUACCCUUCAUGCCCAUCAAACCAUACUUAGUGCUGCUUCACCAAUAUUCCGAGAACUUUUUCUGGGAAGUAAAAAGGUAAAUGCUGUACCGAGAAAGUACCAAGCCAUUUUCAGUGAUAUUUCCUGGUCAAUCGCUGGUAACAAUUUCGACUCUGGAAAAGCUAAAAAUAGUACCGAACUGGUAGAAUUUCAGCUCUGUUCUGAUAUUUCUUGUGAGAGUUUUGAGAAGAUUCUGCAGUUUCUUUACACUGGACUUCCAGGUUUUUCAGAAAUUGAAGACAGUGAUUUUGUCCUUGACGUGAAAAAAACUGCUGCGAAGUUCCAUUUGUCCUGGCUUGAACAAGUUUGUGAGAACAAGUUUGGCGAAGAUGUCUACUUGAAUCCAAGUAUAGGGACAUACCUGAAUGACGAAACAGGAGCAAAGCUGAAGUCGCUUUUCUUCAACAAAUCUCAGUUGUGUGACUUCCGAUUUAGAGUUGAUGGUCAAGUAGUGUUUGCUCACAAAGUGGUCUUGAUGGCGAGAUGUGACGUCAUGGCUGCUAUGCUGGGGGGUCGCUUCAAGGAGGGGAAAACUGAAAAUGAGACACCAAUCCUUGACGCGAGCUUAGCGGCCUUCCUGGCGGUGCUGGAAUACAUCUAUACCGACCACGCCCCCCUGGAGACGGUCGACCCCCUUGAGGUCCUGGUACUAGCAGACAGGUUCGGUCUUCCCCGGCUGGUCACCCUGUGUGAGCUGUAUAUCACCAAGCGAGUGGAUCGCAUGAUUCAGAAGAAAGUCGCGGACUCAACCAGUGACGUCAUUAACCUUCUGAACAUGGCUCAGGUGUACAACGCAGACCAGCUUGCUCAGUGGUGCCGUCACUUCAUCGCGUCCAACUACUCAGUGUUCGAGUCUACGGGGGACCUACACCUGCUUCAGGGAGACGACGUGGACUUUGUGCAGGAAAACCGCUGGCCACCGCUCUCUUACAUACGAGAACUUGAGGAGUACGAGGCCAAGAUGAACGAGAUGGGAAAGGGCGAUAAAUGUAGUGUCAUGUGAUCAUGUUGAUCAAGUUGGAUGUGAUAGCAACGAAAAUGUGCGAGUACCCAGGAUUGGUUGGGGGGGAGGGGAGGGAGGGGCGCAAUCAUAGGUGUCAUAUGGAAAAAGCAUAGUAUUUGACGACUGUUAAUAAGAAAUGGCCCCCUUUGUGGUCGCCAAGGGGAGGGUGUAAGCGCGCACCCUGCGUACCCCCCUGUGUACGCGCCCGAUAAAAAGAAUUACAACCCGUAGGUUGGGAUCCAUCUUAAGGCUCCCGCGCGUUUCCACUUACUCAAGGGAUAUUUUCGCGAUGCACGCGUCUGCACCUGACUGGUAAAGAAUAUUUUUUGGAGGUUUUUUUGUAAUAGCCUUCCUAAAAUAACAACAAAAUGGUUGGCGUGGGAGGGGAACACCCCCUGCCUUAAUAUAAAUAAAUGGGUCUUGGGGCAACCAUGAAUACAAUUCUGUGUCUCAAUCUUUCCAACCUUUACAUAAAUAAUCAAUCUAUAAAAUACUACAGUGUCCUUGAUUUGUUUAAUUGAUUUUCUCAUUUAUACAAUGAGGCAAUGAGGCAAUGAUUGUGAGCUAUAAGCUUCAAUGUUUUAUGAAAUAUCAAGCGGACAGACUAAUAUGAUACAACAUGACAGGCUAUGUCUUGAUACUCAAUGAAAUAAGGAGGACGAUAUAUACUUUUUAAGUAUAUAUUUGAAUAAAUGUUUUUUAUGGU